GUGUUUCUAAUAACACACGCUCUGGUUGUAACGCGUCGCACAGCCGCAUGGGGGCAGCUUUUCACACCCGCACACUGAACCGGGAGGUUACGGUGUUUACGGUGGUCCAUUCGCAUCCUCAGCUGAUGGGUUAAAAACAGCCUGACAUCCCGUCUCCAAAGCUCCAACGUGGAGCAGGAGAGCUGGAGCCCACAGAUGUUUGUUCUUACUUGUGAAGCGCAGAAAGAUCCUGCACACUGUGGGCAGGCUGACACUGUCCGCCAUGUGGAGGCUACCUGCAGGGCAGCACAAUCCACAUAAAUUAGAUUAUUGGAUUGGCUGCAACAGAUUAUUGCGCUCCUACUUCCUCGAUGCUUCAUGAGAAAACCGCAUCAAUCUGUUCAUAUUUCACGCCGAGUUUUCUUGAAUAUAAAGACUGGCAGCCAUGCUGACCAGCUUUAUGGAGGGUCUGCUCUGCUGCCUGAGCUCAAAGUCGGCCAACGCUGUGGCUCCCGUCGAAACUUCAGAAUCAGCUGAUGGCUACGAGUUUGUGGAAGUGAAACCGGGCCGCGUCCUGCGAGUUCGACAUAUCAUCCCCGAGCGGCCGGUGGUGGAGGAACCCACCGGGCAGGGUGGGAGUGUCAGCUGCAAACGAAAGAUCACAGUAUAUCGUAACGGACAGCUAUUCAUCGAGAACUUGGGCGACAGGGCUUGUGCAGAGCUGAAAAACAGCCAGAAUGGAGAUGUAGAAACAAACAACACUGUAGAGGUUGAACUCACAGACUGUGGUAACUCCUCACCGCCUGUUUGCAUCCCUGAGGCCAGGACUGAGUCUGCCACUGCUGGAAAAAACGGCACAUCUGAACCGGGAGCAGCAGGAGAGAGACAUGCUGCCGAUCAGACCGACCAGUCACAGCAGCUCAGGAAACGCAGGCGGAAGCCCAAGCGCACUGUGGUGAUCGACUGCGAGAGGAAGAUAUCGGCCUGUAAAGGGACACAUCCAGACGUGGCUCUGUUCUUCAUUCACGGAGUGGGAGGAUCGCUGGACAUCUGGGGAAGCCAGUUGGACUUCUUUUCCAGGCUGGGCUAUGAGGUGAUCGCUCCGGACCUGGCAGGUCAUGGAGCCAGCUCGGCACCACAGAUAGCUGCCGCAUACACUUUCUAUGCUUUGGCUGAGGAUAUGAGGCUUAUCUUCAAGAGAUAUGCACGCAAGAGGAAUAUCCUCAUAGGACAUUCUUAUGGUGUGUCGUUCUGUACCUUCCUGGCCCACGAGUAUCCAGAACAGAUCCACAAGAUGGUGAUGAUCAAUGGAGGUGGUCCCACAGCUCUGGAGCCCAGCCUCUGCUCCAUCUUCAACCUGCCCACCUGUGUGCUUCACUGUCUCUCUCCUCUGCUAGCCUGGAGCUUUCUCAAGGCAGGCUUUGCUCGGCAGGGUGCCAAAGAGAAGCAGCUGCUGAAAGACAACAAUGCCUUCAACGUGUCGUCCUUUGUGCUCCGCGCCAUGAUGAGCGGGCAGUACUGGCCUGAGGGGGACGAGGUCUACCACGCUGAGCUCACGGUGCCCGUCCUGCUCGUUCACGGCAUGCACGACAAGUUCGUUCCCGUUGAAGAGGACCAGCGCAUGGCGGAGAUCCUCCUAAUGGCCUUCCUGAAGGUCCUGGAAGAUGGCAGUCACAUGAUCAUGAUGGAGUGUCCUGAGGCUGUCAACACACUCUUACAUGAGUUCCUCCUCUGGGAGCCAGCCAUGCCUCCACUGCCAAAGAAAGAGUCCAAAACACGUCCAGAGACCGCCAAAGCCCAAUCUGACAACACCAAUGCCACAUCUGACCCUUCUAAAGACCGACCUGCAACCGCUCAACACACAACAAGAACAAUAAAUGACUGAAGACUGAAGCAGAUGCUUCCAGUGGUUGUCACGGUAACAUGGGUGGCCAUGCAUCUUGUGGGUCCUGAUAAUCUGAACUGGUUUUAGCUGUUGAGCUGAACGCUGAGCCAGUUUGUCUGAAAUGGUCCAGCUGAAAGUUGGACAAGCGAAGGUGUGACGCAAAGCAGGAAAUUCAAAUUUGAUUGCUGUCAACUGCUGAGCUGAAGGACGGAGGAAAAGGAGCUCCGGUACUGGAUGCGGGAGGCCAAUUCUUCAGCUGCCUGUCCUCAACGUACACCAGGGGAGAUACAUAGCUGUGCCUUGAGGUGGAGGGUGUUGAUGAUGCCAGGGUGGAGCAAGAGAUGGAAACAGUAGCAUGCAGCCAUGAAGGUGAAGCUGAAAAUGAAAAGUUGUCAAGCAGGACAAAUUAAAAGGUGUCACCUGCCAUACUGACAGAUACGUUUUAGAAACGAUAACACUUGAUUGCCUGGUCUGAUUUUUGUCUUUCCUAAAAUGUGGAGAAGAAACAUAAAACAAAUGGUAUGAAACAUUCUCCCGGUUGACCACCUGUUACGCUGUCCUUCAUGAAGCAGUAGCCGAGGCUCAGCAACAAAUCUUAACCUUGAAAGAUUGGGCCAAAGAUUUUGCUGAAGUCAUAUGUACUUAAUAAGAUGUUAAGUAAGAAGGCUUGUAAUGAGAUACAUCAGAGGAGUGCAAAAACAAAAACAAGCGACUGAAAGUCACUGACAGGCUACGUUAUCAGUUCCAUGUGGCGUUACAAAACACUUGUUUUAUUGGUUCCUGCAUUUCCUGCAAAAUAAGAAACGUGAAUGCAGGUGGUGAAUUUGAAGUUCAUUAGUCAUUUAUGUCUCACCUAAACGAUGCUACUCUGCGAUGUUGUUUUCUUUUGUUUGUUUGUUUUUUACCUGGAAAACUGCAUUUUAGUGUAUUUUGGCUCAUGUUUAAGUAUUGUUGAGUCUGAUGUGUGCUCGUAAGAGGCCAACAGCUGAAGGUCCUCAUGCAGACUGCAUCAGUGCAUCAUAACUCCGUAUCUUUUACUGUUUAUUGUGAAUCUCUGUGCUGUAACUUCACAGGCAGACACUCGACUUUAGGAAGCUAUUAAAUCCUCCGUGACUGUGUUUUUGACCACUACAAUAACGUGUCCGUCUUUACAUUUUUAGCAGACUUGUUCUCAACGCUGCAGUAGUUCAGGUGUUUAUAACAAAUAUUCUCUGAGCCUCUUAGGCAGAAAGAGCAGGAGAAUCAAUUUGUAUAAAGCGUGAACUACGCACAGAUUUUUUUUCUCGGAUUCAGUAGUAUUUGAUGGUUUUUAUACUUAGAAUAUAUGUUUUAUACAUUGUACUUGAUGGAUAUUUAGAGAUUUUAACAGAAACUUUAGCAGGAAACUGAAUCAGGGUGAUGAGAAAAAUGUGACAGAUUUUUGGAGAAAUAAGCUCAUGGAUGUUUUUUGUUUGUUUGUUUGUUUUUUAUUAUUUGACUGUUCUGAAUUUGGGGAAACUGUUGAUGUUACAACUUGCGUGUCUUAAAUUUUGCAACUGUAACUGCCUUUGACAAUAUUUCCACAAACCGCUGAUUUAAAGAUGAUCAAAAAGUAAAUUAUUGUGAGAUUUCCACAACA